CUUAACCCGCGGGUUUUUCUACUGAUGCAAAACAUAAGAAUCUGAGCUUGUCUUCGAAAGAUUGCUACCUUUAGCUAUGACUACACUGUAUUCUCCAAAACGUGUAGUGAUUUUUGCCCUCUUCAUCCUGAACGUCAGGGCUCUGGACACGUUUGUUGCUGCAGUGUAUGAGCAUGCAAUCAUACUGCCAAAUAGAAUGGAAAAGCCUGUUUCGAAGGAAGAAGCUUUGCUCCUGAUGAACAAGAACAUAGAUAUUCUGGAAGAUGCAGUCAAGCUAGCAGCCAAACAGUACAAUCUGUUUGCACCAGAAAUUCGGUUUGAUUUGCCUAAGGAUUCAGAGUUUGUGACUUUCGACACCCCGUUUGGGAAGUUUGGCAUCUUUACUUGCUUUGACAUUUUUUCUCAUGACCCUGCGGUGGUAGUAGUGGACAAGUUGCAAGCUGAUAGUGUUCUCUACCCCACGGCGUGGCUCAACACGCUGCUGCUCUCGGCUGUACCCUUCCACUCGGCAUGGGCCGGGGCCAUGCGAGUCAACCUGCUUGCUGCAAACACCCACAGCACCAGCAUGCACAUGACAGGGAGUGGAAUCUAUGCCCCUGAAGCCGUCAAGGUGUAUCACUACGACAUGGAAACCAACAGCGGCAGGCUGAUGCUUGCAGAAUUGAAGUCUCGGCCUCGCCUUGAGCUUACCUACCCUGCAGCAGUUGACUGGAGCGCUUAUGCCAGAAGUGUCCAGCCAUUCCCCUCUAGGCAAUCAGAUUUUCCAGGGAUGAUUUAUUUUGAUGAAUUCACCUUCACUGAGCUUAAGAGAGAUGCAGGAAAUUAUACGGUGUGCCAGAAAGACCUGUGUUGUCACUUAACUUACAAGAUGUCUGGGAAGCGCAUAGAUGAGGUCUACGCCCUGGGCACUUUUGAUGGACUGCACACAGUCGAAGGCCAAUAUUACUUACAGAUAUGCACGCUCCUGAAAUGACAGACCACUGACCUGAGAACCUGUGGGGAGCCCGUGGGAUCCGCUUUCACCAAGUUUGAAGAUUUCUCCCUCAGCGGCACCUUCAGAACCAGCUAUGUCUUCCCGCAAAUCGUCCUGAGUGGGAGCCAGCUGGCCCCUGAAAGGCACUAGGUGGCUUUCAAAAUGAUCCAAGUCUUAGAGCAGAUGGGCCAGAAAAUCUUCCAGGUUUCAAGGGAUGGACGCCUAAGGAGCCGGAGUGGAGCCCCCUUGCCUGUCUUAGUUAUGGCGCUGUACGGCAGGGUGUUUGAGAAGGACCCUCGACACUUAGGUCAGGGACCUGCAAAACUGCAAUGAUCCCCCGCAUGAAAGCUUGGCAAAGAGAUGGGGUGAGAGACAGACAGACAGAGACAGUGACACAGAGAUGUGGAGAGAGAGAAGAGCCUUUAGUGUCUGCUUAGAAGAGACGCCAUAAACUUGUAACAAAUAAACCUCGGAUUUAAAAAGCAAGGAGAGGGCGGGUGAUACAGCUCAGCAGCAAACGCAAGGUCAUGUGUUCCUGAUACAAAAAAUAAAUAAAUACAUAAAAAUAAAAAUCAAGGGGCUGGGGAUUUAGCUCAGCGGCAUAAGCACCUGCCUUGCAAGCAGGCGGUCAUGAGUUCAAUCCCUGGUACCAGAAAAAAGGAAUAAAUAAAUAAAUAAAAAUCAAGGAGAAAUAAAAAUAAAAAUAAAAACCAUAGAACUAUG